AGAACUAACUAAUGUGGCGCUGCGCUACUUCUGCUGCUUAACGCCAACUGGACUUGCUUCUGCGUUUUCUGUUAACUCCUCCUCUAUCAAGCCUAGAAAUACAAAUCAGAACUCUCUCUCUCUCUCUCUCUAUAUAUAUAUAUAUAUGCCUCCAUAACGGGCCUCUUUAAUUUGCUCUAUUUAGGGAAAAAAUUUAUUUAUUGACACCUUUUUAGCUAGUUUGUGUAUGUGUGUGAAUUAUAUAUAUAUAUGUACUCCAUGAUGAGAAAGGCUCUGUGGAACAAGUUCAAAUCUCCAUUUACAGAUACAGGCAGAUCAUCACGCAUGGAGGGCAAUAAUAGCUUGUCCAGCAAGUUAAGUGUUAAUGAAGAGUACGCGAACGCCUUCCGAACAAGGUCUUAUGAAGAUAUGUGGGGAAGAGUUCAUGGGCAAUCAGGAUUAACAACAAACACUACUACUAGAUUAUCAUCAUCGUCGUCGCCAUUCUAUUUGGAGAUCUCCGAGUAUUUAUUGGAACCAAGGCCAGAAAUACUGAAGAACAUGAUGGAGAGCUUAAAAUUCCACCACCUGUUGAUCGAAUACUUCGACGCAAGCAUACGAGCAUGUCACAUAUGCGAAUUGCUUUUAAGAAGCAUUCAUCAAACUCGUUCGGACUAUCGGAAAAUAGAAAAGGUGAUUAAGAUGAGCAAAAGGGUACUUAUACUACAUGAUUGUAGUAGUAGUAGUAAUCAUGAAGAUCAUCAUCAUAGUGACCAAUAUUAUUUCCGAACCAUAUUCAGAGAGCUCACUUCGAUUGCAUUGCUUAGAAUAAACCCUUUGACAAUUAUAAGCCCUCUUCAAUAUCGUGAUAUUCGGGAAAGCUACAUGGUUUUGCUCCAUAAACUAACCUCCAAACAGAAGAAGAUCAAAAGGAGAGAAAAUCUCAUAAAAAUUUGCAAGAAAGUUGGAGGAGUUGGCCUUGUGAUAUCGCAUAGUUUGCUCUUGGUUGCCUUGUUAGUCUUUGCAAUAUUGCAUGGCAUGUUUGGUCUUGUGGCUGUUCCGGCUGUAAUGGGCUGUUCUUCAAUUUACUUGGGUAAGAAGAGAAAGUUGGAUUCGGCGGCUCGAAAUCGGGUUGGGUGGGGCACUGGCAGGGUAACCUCCGGAGGUGGGGUUGGUGAGCAGCUUGAUGUAGCUGCAAAAGGGGUUUUUAUAUUGAUCAAUGAUUUUGAUACGAUGAGUCAAAUGGUGAGAAGGUUACAUAAUGAGGUGGAGCACAAAAAAUCUGUGGCUGAUAUAUGUGUGAGGAGUAAGAAGUUUGAGCUAUUGAAGGAGGUAGUGAAGGAGUUUCAUGCUCAGGAUUCCAGCUUUUUGGAGCAACUAGAAGAGCUUGAAGAGCAUAUUCACCUUUGUAUACUGACCAUAAACCGAUCCAGAAUGCUAGUAAUCCAAGAGAUUAUAGCUAGUUGAAUUAAUAGUAAGACAAGCUCAUUUGCCAUAAAGAGGAUUGUGUUCGUCUAUACAAAUCAUUGUGCAAGUAAGACUGCGGAAGAAAAGAGUUGUGACCCAUAAAGAUAUCAUGUCAUUUUAUCUAAUUUUAUUUAUGUUGGAAAAAAUUGAGUGAACCAGAAAUUGAUGCCUAAAAUGGUAACGAU